AAGGCAAAAGGUAUGCUCCUCAUCUCUUCCAUCUCUUGUUUUUAAUUCAUUUUCUUAGGUUCAGUUUCUUCGUCUUAAAAUUUACUUACUCUUUCUCUGUUUCUUCUCAGAGUUUAAUUACCAGCCACUUCCAGCAGGCAGCAAAUUUGUGUCCACUUUCAACUCUGAGCAUUUAAAAAAAAAAAAAAAAUGAAGACCUGAUCAUUCAAUGGAAUUCUUAUCUAUUGCUGGAGGUGCUUUCUUAACUGUUGCUUUUGAGGAGCUGUUUAAGAAGUUGAAGUUCAGCAGAUCACUCAAUUUGCAGAAGCAGGUUCUUAAUAAGUUGCAAAACUGGGAGAGCUUAUUGCCGAAAAUCUUUGCCCUUCUUGAAGAUGCAGAAGAAAAGCAGAUGUCUAAUUCCAGCGAGUUGAUAAAGAUAUGGGUCGCUGAAAUUAGGGACUUGGCUUAUGAUAUAGAGGACAUCUUAGAUGAAUUUCAAGUUGAUUCUCAGAGAAGCAGUUUGAAUAUUUCAAAACCUCACCAAGCCAGCAGUAGCAAAUUCAUCCCCUCAUGCUUCAACUGUUUCAAACAGAGUGAUUUGUUGAUCUCUAAUCCCCGUACCAUUUCUAAGGUGGAUGGCAUCACCCUCAAGUUGCAAAGCUUGGUAGAUGAAUCGAAGUUACUUGGCUUAGUAAGUCAAGUUGGAGAUAAGCCUAGUAGAAUGGCUACAGGAAGGUCACCCACUACUUCUCUUCCUGAACUUUAUGUUUGUGGUCGACAAACUGAAAAAGCAGCUAUUCUUGACAAGUUGCUCAAUGAUGAAGGUGGUUCCAAAGGAUUUAGUGUUAUUCCCAUCCUUGGAAUGGGAGGCAUUGGCAAGACCACUUUAGCUCGACUUGUUUACAACGAGGUGACGACACCAGAAAACUUUGAGCUUAAAUCAUGGGUUUGUGUCUCUGAUCAGUUUGAUAUUACAAGCAUAACAAAAGCCAUUCUAGAGCAAGUUGGGGGAAGGUGUGAUUUUAAUAAUUUAGAUUCACUUCAACAAGAAUUGAGCAGCAAGUUGUCUAGCAAGAAGUUUCUGCUUGUAUUGGAUGACAUUUGGAAUGAGAACCCCUCUCGGUGGGACGACCUACAAAAACCAUUCUUAUCAGGAGCAGCUGGAAGUAAAAUAAUCAUCACAACUCGCAAUGAGCGUGUUGUAGAAAUGAUGGGAGGAGUGGAUAAAGCUUGCAGUCUAGAAGUAAUGAAGGAUGAAGAGUGCUUGUGCAAAGGAUUGCCAUUGGCUGCAAAAACCCUUGGGGGCCUCCUAUGUGGUAAGUUAAACCGUUCUGAGUGGGAAGACAUUUUAAAUAGUGAAAUAUGGAAGCUGCAAGAAAGUGACAUUCUUCCAGCUUUAAGAUUGAGUUAUCAUUAUCUUCCUUCUUAUUUGAAGCCAUGUUUUGUCUAUUGUGCAUUGUUUCCUAAAGACCAUGAGUUUGAGAAGAACCAGCUUGUUUUGUUGUGGAUGGCAAGUGGGGUCUUAAAACAACAAUCGGUAGAAGUUGGUCAUCAGUAUUUCUACGGGUUAGUUUCAAAAGCCUUUUUGCAGCGAUCUAGUGGGAAUGAGUCACGGUUUGUGAUGCAUGAUCUCAUACAUGAUUUGGCUCAAUUUGUUGCUGGAGAAUCGUGCUUCAUUCUUGAACAUAAGUUUGAGGUUGAUAAAAAAUCAAAAGUGAAUUAUGAAAAGGUUCGUCAUUUGUCUUGCAUCUGUGGUUACAAUGACACCUCUAAGAAAUUUGAUGUCUUGAAUGCCAUGAAGUGUUUGCGAACAUUCAUUCCAGUUGGCUCAAGGGGGUGGUGUCAUAUAUCAAAUGUAGUGGUGCAUGAUUGGCUGCCAAAAUUAAGAUGCUUGAGAGCACUGUCUCUUGAGGGUUAUCUGAUAAAUAAGUUACCAGAUUCAAUCGGAGAUUUAAUACAUUUGAAGUACCUUAAUUUGUCAGACACUCUAAUUGAAAGCCUACCUGAGUCUGUGGGUUUCCUCCUCCAAUUACAGACACUGUUGCUCUUUAACUGCUGCAAGUUUUUGAAGUUACCUGUGACAGUUGGGAACUUAAUUUACCUCCAUCAUCUAGAUAUUGAAGGUACGAGUUCCUUGAAAGAGAUGCCAUCAGAAAUAGGAAAACUGUCUAUUCUGAAUCUAGAGAAUGUUUUGAAUGUUCAAGAUGCUAUGGAGGCUGAUCUAAAGAAUAUUGAUGGUCUUGAUGAGUUGCAUUUGGAGUGGACUUCUGAUUCUGGUAAUAUGAGGAAUAAAACCAAUGAAGAAAUGCAGGUUCUCAAAUGGUUAAAACCUCAUUCAAAUUUGAAAAGUCUCACAAUUGUUUCCUAUGGUGGCCAAGAAUUCCCUUCCUGGAUUGGGGAUCCAAUUUUUUCUAAUUUAUCAUAUUUGAAUCUUAGAGAUUGCAAGAGAUGCCCUUUGUUGCCGUCACCUGGGCGAUCACCUGUUCUGAAAGAAUUGAUUAUAGAAGGCAUGGAGGGAAUAGAAACAGUGGGUCCAGAGUUUUAUGGGAAUGGAACUUUCUCAUCAUUGGGGAAGUUGGUUUUUCAAAACAUGUUAAAUUGGAAGGAAUGGACUUCUCCAACUGGAAGUGGAGGUGAAUUUCCUUGUCUGGUGAAUCUUGAGAUUAAAAAUUGUCCCAAGUUGACAGGACAAUUACCCAGCCAACUUUCUUCUCUGGUGAAUCUUGAGAUUAAAAAUUGUCCCAAGUUGACAGGACAAUUAACCAGCCAACUUUCUUCUCUGGUGAAUCUUGUGAUAAAUGGAUGCCCAGAGUUAAGAUGCUCAUCUACCACAAGUCUUGUGUCACUUAGAAAUCUUCAUAUUGGAGACUGCAAUGUUAUUCUUUUGAAGAGCAUGAUUGAUCUCACCUCUCUCACUCGAUUGAGAAUUGAGAAUAUUUCAGAGAUGUCUUGCUUGCCUAUGUGUUUUACACAGUUCUUAACAGCUCUUGAGAAUCUUGAAAUUGAAGGGUGCAAAGAACUUACUUGUUUGUGGGAGGAUGGAUCAGAAACAAUAAACCUUGCUCGCCUUGAGAAAAUGGAAAUUAGGAGUUGUCCUUUGCUUAUGUCGUUGACAGGGAAAGAACAAGGCCUCUUGCCAUUGAGUCUUAAACAUCUUGCCCUCUCUAGUUGUGAGGCAUUGGAGUCAUUAUUACCUGAUCUGAUGAUGAGGAAGAUGGGCGGAAGCAACAGUAAUAGCACCGACUUGUUGAGACUUGAAGAGUUAGAACUUUAUGGUUGUCCUUCUCUCAGGUCAUUAUCCGUGCCCAUCACAGUUAAGCGGUUGACAAUAGAAAGAUGUGAAAAUCUUGAGUCUCUACCGGAUGGAAUACUGAUGCAAGAUGAUGGUGACAACAACAGCAAUCUUGAAUAUUUAUAUAUAGGGGAAUUUCCACAUUUAAAUUCUUUUCAGAGGGGUCAGCUGCCAGCUUCUCUCAAGGAAUUUGAAGUUCAGGGUUGCGAGGGGUUGGAAUCUAUUUCAAAGGGAAUGCUGCAUCAAUGUACAGGACUUAGAUCCAUUGGAAUUUGGAAUUGUCAAAGGUUGAAAGGCUUACCCAGCCUUGAUUGCCUCAGCAAUCUCAUUGGAUUACACAUUGGCUCUUGUCACGCUUUAGAGUCCAUCCCAAAUCUGGGCUUAUGCAUCCCCCAUCUCAAGGUAUUGGAAAUAAGGUAUUGUAAGAAUCUCAAGUCCUUCCCAAAUACUACGAUGUCCCAGUUGAAAUCGCUUCAGGAGCUAUACAUAGAGCAUUGUCCAAACAUAGAGUUGAUUCCGUCUCCAGGUGGGAAUGAGAAUGGAGGUUUACUUUUAGAUUUACCCCCAAACUUAACAAAUGUUCAGUUAGACGAUGCAAUUCUCAAGUUCCUACUACCAAAUACGACUCAAAAACUAUCCAAUCCAGUUCCAGAUGGGCAUUUGGCAACGGUGGCGGGAUGCGGCCUCCACAACCUUACCUCUCUUCAGUGGUUGGCAAUUAGUUGUCGGACAUGGCCGCCGGAUAUUGUGCUGCCUUCUUCUUUAACCACUCUUUGGAUCAAAGAUGGUGAAAAUCUGGAAUCAAUACCCAGAGAGCUCCUCCAAAACCUGAACUCUCUUCUAAGUCUGGGAAUAUUGAACUGCCCGAAGCUACGAUCCUUGCCAAAGGAAGGCUUGCCUCCCUCUCUUGGAACACUCCAGAUCUCCACCUGUCCGCUGCUAAAACGACAGCGCUUUGAGGCGGAAGGAGACCACUGGCCCCUCACCCAUACCAUCCCCUUUGUUGCGAUAGAUCUUGCAAAGGUAUUCCCAUAGGAUAGCACUGCAACCAUUUCUUAAUUACUUGACUCAAAUCUCGAACAAACUCAUCAAAAUCCUACAGGCUUUAUUACUUCAGGAGAGUGCAACAAAAUGAAGGGGGAUGGCCUAAUGUCCAUGGAGGAUCGAGAUUCUUCUCGUUUAUAAUUGAGUAUGCUUCAAGAUCAGAUGUCUCGAUGAAUAAGUCCAUCAUGGUUGCAGCAACAAACUUCUACCCUCCAAACAAUGCCCUCUCUGGUAAUGCAAGAAGGACAUGGAUUUUCUUGGAGUUUUUCUGGUAAUUUCUCUAGCCAUAUCAAGCACAAUUCGAGGAUAUGUAUGAAGAUGGAUGGAUGGAGUACUGCUUUGAGGAUCAGUCUAUUGCGUAUCUGUCCAUCACUUCAGUGUUGAGAAAAACACUCUUCAUGGAUCCAUACUUGAACUGAAAGGGUAGUCUAUGAAGACAAGCUGGGGAAAAAGUUACUGGAUCAGUCUGUUGCAUAUCUGUCCAUAUCAUACGGAUGUUGAGCGAAAAACACUCUUCAUGGAUGCGUAAUUGAACUGAACGGCUGGCAUGAAGUCAAGCAGGGAAAAAAACUACUGGGUUGUGGAGCUUGGACUUCAAAUGUAUCAAGUCAUUGGAGCUUUAAAGUAAGGGUUAGUGGCUAGUUUUGGGGAUCAUUCCAAAAAUGAAUGAUUUGCUAAUUACCAUAAUGGUGAUCCAAGAACUUAUUUCUGACAAUUUAUUGAUGCCUGGAGAGAAUUUGUAAUCUUGAUAAUUCAAUAGUGAAAGUUAUUCAGCUGACUAAAAGUCUUCAUGAUCC